UGCAAGCAGCAGGAUGUAGGCUGAGAAUGACCAGGCACUGACAGCCACUCCUCUACUGCCUGCUGCUGUGGCUGGGGAGCUUUCACUGGGAUUUCUCUUCUGGGUGGCCAAAAAUUUCAGCAGGAAUGGGGGUUUCCUUAGAUAGGUCUGGUGUUCCUUAGGCUGGCCAGGCCUCAGCAGGAAGUGGGUGAAGAGAACCAGAGCCAGGCAGGACAUACCAUGUGAGUGAGAGAAGCCAAGGCAGCAUCGCCAUCUCUGCUCCCUGCUCUGACAAGAGGUGACAGGAAUGCCAAACCCUGUGAGGAGGGAUGCCAGGCUGCUGCAUGCCUCCAGGGGGGCUGGAGUAAAACACCAGUAAAGCCAGGGCUGGCAGGGAGCUGAGGUUGGAGGGCACAUCCCUGGAGUAACCACAUUCCUGUGCUGGAACAGCUGAAAGUGCAGAGAGGGCAAGAGUGAAGGGAAACAGAGCUGUCCAGGGACCAGGAAACAAGGAGUUACAGAAGCCAUACCCCAGAACAGCCCUGGAGACCUACCGUGUCACUUAGCAACACUUCACCUGCCAGGAGCACAACAGGUUUGGCUCUGCUCACAGCAAUUUACAAGACAAAGAUUGGUCCUGGGCAGCGACAUCCGCCAGAGACGAGGCACCUGGGUUUACUCUGGAAGGACAGAAGUGGGACUAAGGGUAAGUGUGGAAUCAGAUGCAGACAGGAACAUGGAGGAAAGAGCCAUUGACCUGUGCCAGGGGAAAGGCUGGGGAUGGGAGAACAGAGGACUGUGUGCACUAUGCAUUGCUGCACUGGAUCAGCCCCAGCUGGCCAGCUCUGAUGGGCAUUGGAGAAUGGAAAACAGCUGCCAUAGAUCUCCCAGCCCCUCUGCACCUUGCUUCACAGAGACUCACAUGCCAGGAAGUAUGGGAUUUGCAGAGGACAGAGAGAGGUCACCCCUAUGGCUGAGCAGCCCUUCCCAGAGGUAGCCCUGCUAGCCCAGGUGCUGGCUGCAGACAGCACUGAAGCCCCUUCACUGCGCGCUACACGCCGCGGGUCGCAGCCCCCAGCCCGGGGCACCGAGGAUGGCAAACCACCGCCCCUGCUUUCCCGCCGCAACUCCAUCCUCAGCCGCCGCAGCUCCUUCGGGAUGGUCCCAGGGAGCAGGCGUCCCUCCAUCGGCCCCUGGAUGUUCCACAGACGUGUCAGCUUCUCUGGGCUUCCAAUUUUCCAGCCCAUUCUCAAGGCCCGCCUUGAAAACACUUACAGGUUAGGGCCAGAAAAAGGCUGCAAGUUUGAUGCACAGCGGGUGCAGCGGGUGCUGGAGGGGACCCUGGCCUGUGCCCUGGGGACCACUGUGUACAGUCCCCAGGGCAGUGCCCCACUAGCCCAGAGCCUGACUGACCUGCUGCAGAACCAGGCCAAGGAGGUGGUGCCACCCCGCUACAAGCUGGUUUGCCACGUGGUGCUGGGCCAGCAGGGCCAGCAGAGCCUGGUGGUGGCCAGCCGGGGACUGUGGGACCCUGAGACUGACAGCUUUGCCUCUGCCACCUUCUCCAAUUCCUCUCUCUUCGCUGUGGCCACAGUGUACGGGGUCUACUUUGAAUAGCACAUGCCUCUCCAUCCACCCAGUCUUGUAGAGCUGUAGGGAGAGAACAGCUGAAAUAAAGAGGUUUUGCAC